CGUACAUUUGAGACGUUACACGUAACAUAUUUAUUUAUCCUUGUCAACAUUCCACUUCCUCCAAAGUGUCUUCAAUAUUAGCUACCGUUCAAAUACGCUCUGUGAAUUGGGACUAUUGAUCAUGGCGUCAAGCGGUCACAAUAAUCUCAACGCAAAACUCGUGUUGUUAGGGGACAUGGGAGCUGGUAAAUCAAGCUUGGUUAUACGAUUCGUCAAGGGUCAAUUCCUUGAAUUCCAAGAAUCGACAAUCGGAGCGGCUUUCUUUUCGUCUACUGUGUCAGUUAACAAUGAUACGGUGAAGUUUGAGAUCUGGGAUACUGCUGGUCAGGAGAGGUACCAUAGCUUAGCACCUAUGUACUACAGAGGUGCUGCAGCUGCUAUUAUCGUCUAUGACAUCACCAGCACUGAUUCGUUUGCACGGGCAAAGAAAUGGGUGCAAGAAUUGCAGAAGCAAGGUAAUCCCAACUUGGUCGUGGCUCUUGCUGGCAACAAGGCUGAUCUAGAAGAUAAGAGGAAGGUGACUGCAGAAGAAGCACGCUUGUACGCAGAGGAAAACGGUCUAUUUUUCAUGGAGACCUCUGCCAAAACUGCUGUUAAUGUCAAUGAUGUAUUCUACGAAAUUGCUAAACGCUUGCCUAGAGCUCAACCUGCUCAAAGUCCGGUAGGAAUGGUACUUACUGACAGGCCAGCAGAAGGAUCACGAGCUGCCUCAUGCUGCACUUAAGUAUUAUCAUCUCUAUCGCUCCAUUAAUCUCGUGAACUUCACCAUGUUUUCGAGACAUUACUUGCUCUUCAUGUUGUGCUGGUACGGGACUCGAAGACAGGAAAUGGAAGUCACGUUGUUUAUUGGGAGAUACACAGUAGAAUAUGUAUGUAUACUGUAUGUAAAAGCGCCAUAUCUGAGGUCAUUGCCUCUUUUGUUCGUUUAUGCUGUAAAUAGUUGGAAGUUACUUGGACUUCCUACCCCCAACCAACUUAUCCUUGAUAAUUGGACGCUGUUACUCCCCGAAACUUGGUAUAGCUGAAUAAGUGUUGGAGCAUCAGAAUUCAAAUGUUUAUUAUGAAUAUCAGUUUAAGGUUA